CACCACUCUUUUGCCUGCAUAAUGGAACAUCUAAAACCCACCUCUGCAAAUUCAUGCCCACUUACACCUCUCACCUUCUUAGAACGAGCUGCUUCUGUUUAUGGAGAUUGUACUUCCAUUGUUUACAAUAACACCACCACCACCUUCACAUGGACACAAACCCUCCACCGCUGCCUUGGCGCGGCUUCCUCCCUCGUGCAAAUGGGUAUUCGUAGAGGCGAUGUUGUUUCUGUUUUGGCGUUUAAUGUCCCUGCUAUGUAUGAACUUCAGUUUGCUGUGCCAAUGUCUGGUGCUGUACUUAACAAUAUCAAUACUCGUCUUAAUGCUCGUACAAUAUCCGUCAUGCUUCGUCACUCUGAAGCUAAGAUGCUCUUUGUUGAUUCUCAUCUUAAGCUUCUUGCACAAGAUGCUGUGUCUAGAUUUCCUUCCGGGAUUCGCCGACCCACACUUGUUCUCAUUAAUACAGAGAGCUUAACAGGUGAUAGCAGAUCUACUGAAGAGGUUGAUAACUAUCUAAGUUCAACAACAACGUACGAGGAUAUAGUGAACAAGGGAGACUCGAAUUUUGAGUGGGUAAGACCAGUAAACGAGUGGGACCCCAUCACAUUAAACUACACCUCCGGAACGACGUCGUCUCCAAAAGGAGUUAUACAUUCUCACCGAGCAAUUUUCAUCGUGACCGUUGAUUCUCUCACGGAUUGGCCUGUACCCAAGAAACCGGUUUACUUAUGGACGCUGCCAAUGUUUCACUCCAAUGGUUGGAGUUUCACUUGGGGAAUGGCAGCUGUAGGUGGUACUAAUAUAUGCCUCCACAAAUUCAAGGCAGACGAUAUUUUCUCGGCUAUAAAGCAUCACAACGUCACCCACAUGUGUGGUGCGCCCGUUGUUCUCAACAUGAUAGCAAACUCGCCUAAUGCAAAACCAUUACAAAACCGGGUGGUCCAUUUCUUGACCGGUGGAGCUCCGCCUCCUGCAGCUGUUGUUCUACGAACCGAGGGGUUAGGUUUUAACGUUAGCCAUGGGUAUGGUCUGACUGAGGUAGCGGGUGUAGUUGUUUCAUGUGCUUGGAAAGAUAAGUGGAACCGCUUGCCAGUUAUUGAGCAAGCCGGCUUAAAAGCAAGACAAGGAGUUAGAACUCUAGCGUUGACUGAAGUCAAUGUAUUAGAUCCCCACACGGGACUAGGUGUCAAACGAGAUGGGAUGAGUCAGGGCGAGAUAGUUUUGAAAGGGGCGUGUUUAAUGUUGGGUUAUUUUAAGGACCCUAUCGCGACUAGAAAAUGUAUGAGAGAAGAUGGGUGGCUGUACACUGGGGACGUCGGGGUGAUACACCCAGACGGCUAUUUGGAAAUAAAAGAUAGAUCCAAAGAUGUGAUUAUAACCGGGGGUGAGAAUGUGAGUAGUGUGGAGGUGGAAUCCGUUUUGUACUCUAAUCCGCUUGUCCACGAGGCUGCUGUUGUAGCCAGGCCCGAUGCAUUUUGGGGUGAAACACCAUGUGCUUUUGUGAGUUUGAUAGUAGUAAAGGAUGAGAUGCGUGAAGAGGACAUAAUAAAGUAUUGUCGAGAGCGGUUGCCACAUUAUAUGGUCCCAAAGACGGUGGUGUUCAUGGAGGAGUUGCCAAAAACAGCUACCGGAAAAAUUAAGAAAUCUAAGUUGCGAAUUGUAGCAAAAAACAUGUCCCCACCAAUGAGCAGGAGCAGAAUGUAAUGUCGGAUUUUAGAAUGUAUUUGGGAGUGUUGUUUUUGAUUGAUUACGAAUUUUUUUCAAUUUCUUUGAUUUGUUUAGGAUUAUGUUAUUAGAGUACAUGAUUAUAUUUUUAAUAUCUUAAG